UUGGUUUCCGAUCGUUUCUUGGCUCUGUUAGAUUACUGGAGACUUUUGAGGAGUUUAAUCAUGGCUGAUGCGGAUUCGGAUUCUGACAGUAGCUUUGUCCUUCUGAGUGAAGGCACUUCUGUGGGUAGUGAUUCUGAGAGUUUUGUCAUUGUGAGUGAAGACUGUGUGAGUACUGAUUCUGGUGAAGAUCUAUUUGGGGAAAGCCAAAAUGAGUUGGAGAAGGUUGUAAAUGAUGUUAAGAGUUGUGAUUCUGAAGAUGAUCAAUUUUGUGAUAGCCAGCAGCAGUUGGAGAAGAGUGAAGAUGAUAACAGUAGUGUGAGUACUGACUCUGAUGAAGUUCUGUUUGGUGAAAGCAGACACCAAUUGAAGAAGCUUGUGGAUUAUUCUAGUUCUGAGUCUGUAGAAGUUCUAUUGGAUUGUAGUGGAUCACUGGGGAAUAGAAAAUAUGUGGCUACCAAUGAGUUUCACAGGUAUCCAUGUAAAAGAAUUGGCCAUGUUUGUGGAGAUGAUUGCUAUGAAUUUUCUGGAGAGAAGAAGGCCAGUGAGAAUAUUGACAUCAAUGAUGUGACAAUGGAGUAUGUUCUUCCUUUCCUCCCUGCCAAAACACUUUGCAGGUUCAGAAGCGUUGGCAAACAGUGGGAUAAGUGGAUUUCCACCCCAUUCUUCAUUCACAAGCAGGCUCACUCCUUCCGGGAUAUCUCUGGUUUUUUCAGUCAACUUCCUGGGGAAAAGCCUUCUUUUGUCUCACUCAACAGAGAUGCAUAUGGCAUUCCUAAUCCUUCCCUUGAUUUCUUGCCUGAAUCAAUUACUGUAAGGACUACUUGUAAUGGCCUGCUCUGCUGUGAAAGCUGCGAUGGAGAAAAUACUUACUACAUUUGCAAUCCUGUGAACAAGCAAUGGACAGUGCUUCCCAAAAAUUAUGAACCUGAAUCAGGGACAUCAGUGCUCACCAAGAUCUAUCAUGGACCUGAAUCAGUCCUUGCACUAGCUUUUGAGACCUCUGUGCUUGAAUUUGCAGAACAUUUUCAACUUGUGUGUGCCUUCUCUUUACCUGAUCAGCCGGUGAUCUGUUUUGAUAUAUACUCUUCAAGGUCGCGCUAUUGGAAACGCUCAAAGACAGAAUGCUGUGAGAUUGAUGCUCUGCAUUUGACAGGUCAUGGGCUCUUUCUGAAGGGAAUGGUCUUCUGGGAAACUCUUGCUGGCACAAUUUUGGCUUUUAAUCUGAAGGAGGAGCAAUACGGUAUUUUGCCGCUCCCUUGCCGCAGUGGACCACACGGUGUUAUGGCAGUGAUGUAUGGCGAGCUGUGUUAUAUUCUGCCUGUUCUGGAAGACUCUGUAUACACAUUAAAGAUCUAUGGUGAUAUGGACAUGAAACUGAAGCACAUAAUUCGACUUGCGGAUGGUAUUUUCACCAAUUAUGAUGAAGAGUUGAGGGCUUUGGCUUGUGUGAAUGAUGAUGUGGUGAUCGUGCUUCUUGGAAUGAAAUUGAUUGCUUAUCAUGUGAAAGCAGAGAAGGCUGAUAUCAUACAGAGUUAUAUUGGGACUAGUGCUGGAUAUGCGGGUUAUCUUCCAUAUGUGAACAGCCUGGUACAAGUCAAUCACCCAUGAGCGGCAUUGGAUCCUGCAACUAAGCUAGCUUAGAGUCUCUCAAUCCCCAGCGGCAGCCUGUCUCUCAAUCUUGACUAUCUGUUGAUUUUAGGAUUCUUGGUUUGCAAGUUCAUAUUGGAACUUCUUGCAAGUUUGUGAAGGAGUGCGUAUUUUGGAACUUGUUUAAGGUCAUAAUUUUCUUUCUGGGUUUUGAUGUCUAGAUAUGUUCAGAUCAUGAAAACAUAACUGGGUUUGUGAAUAACUAUCAAAUGAUGAACGUUUAAUGGUGUAUAUAUAAAAGUACUUUGCAUUUUUC